AUGGACGGGCGCUCCGAGGAGUUACUCGGUGAGACUGGAGCCGAGUCUCAGGGAUUCGCGAUUGAUACGAAGAUUCUGACGCAGGCUGGUGAUCACCAUGGGGAGAUGGAGCGAAGUGCUGUUGAGAAGUCUGUUGAUACUAGUUUACAGCGUAUGGGUGUUAAACAGCUUGGAGUUUCAAACUUUCAUACACUCGCUUCCGGCUUUCUCGCCGGUAAACUUACCCAUGGAACGGCAGAAGGCACACGGUUCGGACACGAGAGCUCUUUGAAAGAGUAUAUGCAGAGUCUCUAUGACCAAGAAGCAUUACCUAAUGCGCUCAAGGCGCUUGAGGCCACCACCCAGUUCCUAGGAAUCACGACGAUUGAUGCGGCAUGGCGGUGGGCAUAUUACCAUUCUGUGCUGGGAGGAAAGAAUGGGAUUAUUUAG